AUGUCUUCCCAACACUCUGCUGCCAACUCUCUUCCUCGUGAAAAACAAAGCCCUCUUACUGAAGUUAGUAUUCCCUCUCCUGUUCUGAAUGAACAGACACAUCUUACCGAAAUUGGUGACAUUUCUCCUCUCCUUGGAUCCACCGCUCUUUCCAUCGAUGGUGAUAUUGAAAUGAUAUACACCAGUCUUGAUUCCUUGCCACCUCUUUCAGUUGUUGGUUCUGUCCCUCCUACUCCUGUGCCUACCGUCCCAUCAGCCGUUAAUAGCAACACUAGUAGUUCCAUCACUUUGGAAAUGUUGUUAGCUUCUGCAAAGGAAGACCUUAGCAUAAAGAAGAACAACUUUUAUGUGGCUUAUGCUAACUAUGUGGCUCUUUCGAAGGUCAACCCCAUGUCAGACGCGGCCAGACAUGCUUCUUCCAUUAAGAAGGAAGCUCAAGAAUUGUUUGAGGAUGCCCAGAAGACCCUCAAGGUGCUUGAAAAAGCCAACGCCCCUCCUGCUAUUCUUGAAGACAAGAAGAGCAUGGUAGUCCCUAGCAACUUACCUUUCUUGCAGCUCUGCACGGAAACCAGGGUGAAGCAAAAUCGUGACGUGUUUGACUGUGUACAAUUUUUGCCAAGAAUUCACUAUGGUUUUAGAGUCUCAUUCCCUGUCCUUGGACUCAUGCUAGGAGCGUCUGCUUCCCAUAUGCCUGAACAAGGAGGAAAGAUCCUGGUUUGA